AAGGCAGGACCGGCCCAUCAUCAAUGCAAUCUCCCAACAUCUUUCUCUCUCAGCUACUGCAGCAAAUUGCAAACUGGUCGAUAGAAACGUAUCUCUCUCUCUCUCUCCCUCCAACUAUGUUUUGGUUGACAAAGAGAAUAGUCUGUUAUACAGAAAGGGUUUAGCUUAUUCUAUCCAAAAAUCAUGGGGAUUUGCUUGAGUUCUCAGAUUAAAGCUGAGAGUCCAAGUAACACAGGUGUGAGUUCGAAGUACAUGAGCUCAGAGGCAAAUGAUUCACAGAGCAUGGGAAGCAAAUGCUCUUCUUCGUCAAUCAGAACAAACCCUCGGACCGAAGGAGAGAUCUUGCAAUCUCCAAACCUCAAAAGUUUCAGUUUGGAUGAGCUCAAGUCAGCAACUAAGAAUUUCAGACAAGACAGUGUUCUUGGCGAAGGUGGAUUCGGUUGCGUCUUUAAAGGAUGGAUUGAUGAGCAGUCUCUGACAGCAUCUAAACCGGGAACCGGUAUGGUUAUUGCUGUCAAAAGGCUUAACCAAGAUGGUUGGCAAGGUCAUCAAGAAUGGCUUGCUGAAGUGAAUUACUUGGGGCAGUUCUCUCAUCCUAAUCUUGUGAAACUUAUUGGUUACUGCUUAGAGGAUGAGCAUCGUCUUCUAGUGUAUGAGUUCAUGCCUCGUGGAAGCUUAGAGAAUCAUUUAUUCAGAAGAGGUUCUUACUUCCAACCGUUAUCUUGGACACUACGGUUGAAAGUUGCUCUUGGUGCUGCACAAGGCCUAGCCUUUCUCCACAAUGCGGAGACUCAAGUCAUAUACCGUGACUUCAAAACUUCUAAUAUACUUAUUGAUGCGGACUACAAUGCCAAGCUUUCUGGUUUUGGAUUGGCUAAAGACGGUCCAACAGGUGAUAAAAGCCAUGUCUCUACAAGGAUCAUGGGUACUUACGGAUACGCAGCUCCUGAGUACCUUCUGACCGGUCAUUUAACAACCAAGAGUGAUGUCUAUAGCUACGGUGUUGUGCUUUUGGAGAUAUUGUCUGGACUUAGAGUUGUGGACAAGAACCGUCCACCGGGAGAGCAGAAACUGGUGGAUUGGGCAAAGCCUUUGCUUGCAAACAAGAGGAAGCUAUUCAAAGUUAUCGAUAACCGUCUCCACGAUCAGUACUCAAUGGAAGAAGUAUGUAAAGUAGCUACUCUAGCGCUGAGAUGCCUCACAACAGAGAUAAAGAUGAGGCCAAACAUGAACGAGGUUGUUGCUCACCUCCAACACAUCCAAGCUUUGCAUGAAGCAGGAGGAGGCAAAAACAUUGAUAAGGUGGAGAAGAGAAUGCGUAGGAGAAGCGAUAGUGUUGUCCUCCUCAGCCAGAAACCAAAUGAAGGUUUUGCUCGGCAAACCGCUGUCGGUGGCAUAGCAGCUGCUUAUCCACGUCCCUCUGCUUCACUUCUGUUUGCUUGAGGAAGAGACAAUGAUGUUAUGUUCUGUUUAGUUCAGAAGAUGUACAGUUUUGCUUCUGCUUAUGUACUGAGAGGAUUGUUGUAGUGCGAGAAGUGACCAACGUAAGAGUAUAAAUGAUCUAUCAUGUCUUUCAAA